AGCAUCAACAGUACUGAAUACGGGACGAGUUGAAGCCGGCAUCGGCCGACGGAAUGCCGACCCGCACGGUGGAUCUCGAAAAGGUACGGCGAGAUUCGAGAAAGGACCUGACCUCGGAUUCAAGACGCAGCAGAAUCUUUUCGGCUUGUGACGUUUGAGCGCUUCGUCGCAUCUCCUCCCAUAUCUCCAUCCAUCGUCUCGGGCUACCUACGAUGGCUGACGUCUUUCGCGAAUAGCUGACACGUGGGAAGUUUCUUUUUUCUCUCGAUUGUUGCGGCAAACUUUGGCCUCUUUUUCGCCCCGGAGAGCGGCCGUCGUGUCAAUCAUCAUGAGAGCACCAGUCCGGAUACCGCUGAGUGCGUCUCGUUUCGAUCCUGCGGCGGUCGUUCAGCAAUUCGCGAAGUCAUCCUCCUCAGUCGCGCCAUCAACAGGUCUCCCAUUCGGCUCUAGAGCCCCGUGGACAUGUCGGCGGUGCCUACAACAACGGACGGUCACCUUCUCGAGAAGUUAUUCUACACGGCUUUCUGAAGGCAUAAACGAUGCAGGCAGACGAUCAGACUCGAAGCGGUCGCGUAAGACCGUGAUCAAGUUUGCCGCUGCUGGUGGCGCACUGGGCGCGGGGGCGCUGGCGUUCUCGGACGAUAUCAAGCAUGGCUAUGCGGCAGCGGAGAGGUCAGGACGAGUUGUGAGCGCGCUAGCUAUAUGUAUUAACGACUAUCGAACGACCCUCAACCAGAAAGCGUCCGCAUCCUCCCCCGAGGAAGGCAAUGAGUUGCUGCGCGCCUGCCACAAGCGCUGUGCUGAACGGACCUUGCGAGUACUCGAGAAGAAUGGAUCUAUUUUCAUCAAGCUGGGCCAGCACCUGAGCAGUAUGGGAUACCUUCUGCCGCUCGAGUGGACGACCACGUUCAUCCCGCUGCAAGACAAGUGCCCUGUCUCUUCCAUCGAGUCGGUCGAGGCCAUGUUCGUUGCGGAUACUGGAAAGAGCAUUGAUGAAUUAUUCUCAUCCUUUGAGUCCGCCCCGAUCGGAGCCGCCUCCCUGGCGCAGGUGCAUAUCGCCACGCUGAAGGAGACCGGGCAGAAAGUGGCCGUCAAGGUGCAGCAUCCUGCUCUAGCGGAAUGGGUUCCUCUGGAUCUGGCUCUUACCCGUAUGACCUUUGCCGCGCUCAAACGAUUCUUUCCCGAAUACGAUCUCGAAUGGCUGUCCCGCGAAAUGGAUCUCUCCCUGCCCCAGGAAUUGGACUUUCGCAGGGAAGGUGAGAAUGCAAAGAGAGCGAGCGAAUACUUCAAGAAGAAUUCCAGCGCGCCAUUGGUGAUUCCAGAGGUCAUGUGGGCUCAGAAGCGCAUUCUCGUUAUGGAAUUUAUCUCUGGCCACCGCCCGGACGAUCUGGCGUAUCUGGACGCAAAUAACAUCGACCGCGACGAAGUUUCCGCUGCACUGGCACAUAUCUUCAACAAGAUGAUCUUCGGUGAAGAUGCGCCUUUGCACUGCGAUCCUCAUGGCGGCAACAUCGCCAUCCGCAAGAAUCCUAACCGCCGCUCUCCCAAUUUCGACGUGAUCCUCUACGACCAUGGCUUGUACCGUGACAUUCCACGGGACAUGCGUAGGAACUAUGCUAAACUCUGGCUGGCCGUCAUUGAAUCGGAUGUGCCCAACAUGCGCAAGUACUCUCGCGAGGUGGCCGGUAUCACAGAUGAGCAGUUUCCCCUGUUCGCUAGCGCCAUCACAGGCAGAGACUAUACCGUCUUGACCAAGAAGUCUGUGACCUCUACUCGAACUGCGGAGGAGAAAGAAGAAAUCACGGGUGCGUUGGGAGACGGCAUGCUCCAACAGCUGGUUGAACUACUGGGCCAAGUACCAAGAGUGAUGCUCCUGAUUCUCAAGACCAACGACCUCACGCGCAGCUUGGACGAGAACCUGCACACUCGCCAGGGUCCUGUUCGCACGUUUGUCAUUCUCGCAAGAUACGCCACUCGCUGCGUCUUCGAUGAACAGAUGGAGAAGAUCCGCGAAUGCGGAAGCAUGUUGUGGCCGCGUAAUUUCUUCCGCUUCCUCUACGCCUGGGCUGGUUACCUCCGCGUGGAGCUGAAGCUGGGUCUCUAUGAGAGAUACCUGAUGCUGAAAAGUCGCCUGGGCAUUUCCGCCCAAUGAAGGAGACCUUAACGUCAUCAUUUUCAUCCUUGCUUCUGCACAUGCUGAUGAGUGAUUACUUGCUGUCACAUGGAAAAAGGACGGCGCACACGUCCGUCUGCAUCAACGCUGGCGUUACGAGGGUACUCCGGGGCGGUUUAUAUCCAGCCGCGCCCAUGGGAAAUGCUCUUCGAUUGCAUAUAUGAUUAUAAUUAGUUAAAUUUAGGCUUAUUCGUUGUACAUUGCAGAGCAUAUAGAGGUUAGACAAUUAGACUCUAUAUCACUCAAAUCUCACUCAAUCAACCUUCU